UCCCGCGCGGCGGCGGAGGCGGAGACGGCUGGCGGCGGCGGGAGAGCGCGGCGGCCGGACCGGGGCCAUGGCGCCCGCGCACCGCCCGCUGCUGCCUCUGCUCCUAAUCCUGCUGCGGCCGCCACCCCCCGCGCGCGCCGAGGACGCCGCCCGCGCCAACUCGGACCGCUACGCCGUGUACUGGAACCGCAGCAACCCCAGGUUCCACGCCGGCGCGGCGGGCGGUGGGGGCUACACGGUGGAGGUGAGCAUCAACGACUACCUGGACAUCUACUGCCCGCACUACGGGGCGCCGCCGCCGCCCGCCGAGCGCAUGGAGCACUACGUGCUGUACAUGGUCAACGGCGAGGGCCACGCGUCCUGCGACCACCGGCAGCGCGGCUUCAAGCGCUGGGAGUGCAACCGGCCCGCGGCCCCCGGGGGGCCGCUCAAGUUCUCCGAGAAGUUCCAGCUCUUCACGCCCUUCUCACUCGGCUUCGAGUUCCGCCCGGGCCACGAGUACUACUACAUCUCUGCCACGCCACCCAAUGUUGUGGACCGGCCCUGCCUGCGGCUGAAGGUUUAUGUCCGACCAACCAACGAGACCCUGUACGAGGCUCCCGAGCCCAUCUUCACCAGCAAUAACUCAUGCAGUGGCCUGGGCGGCUGCCAGCUCCUCCUGGGCACUGUCCCCAUGCUGUGCGUGCUCCUGGGCUCCUAGUCCCCACCCCGCAGGACGCUGACCCACCCGGACCACCCCGCCUCCGAGACCAAAUAGAGACGCCGUUUCUCCCACAACUGGUGCUGCCCCUGCGGGGCCAGGGGCCUUCCGCCCACCCCAGGACCCACCCCAGGCAUGGCUGGCCACCGAGGACCCCCAGUGCCUGUGGGCCCAUGUUGGCACAGCUGCUGGCCGAGCCGUCCGGUCCAGGGGCGCUGGAGAAUCUGAGAACCUCUGGGAGAGUUUUUUUUUUUAAGUGUAUUUUUCAUGGUUGGAUCAGAAAGACUUGAGUUUUUAAUUUAAUUUAUUCCUUGCUGUUCCCGGCGACCUUGGGAAGGAAACAGAAUGGACGGUGGGUGGGGCAGGGGUCUCCA